CAAAUUUAUAUAAAUAUAUACUGUCAUCGUGUCACAUGCUGGACCCGGAUACACUACUGACUAAAUAGUUGUUGAUUUCUGUGUCAUUUUUGUCUCUCGUAGAGAGUUAUAUCAAAGGCAAUUAUACUACAUCUUCUUAUCCUUAGAAAGUAUGAAAUAUCUACAAACUCAAAAUUCUGCUUUCGUCAUUCUUCUCACCUACAUAUCAACAAGAGUUUUCGGACAAAAGCCAGCUCCAUUAUGUACAUUCACAAACCAUAAAACGUCACAAUCUGAGAUGAACAAGAGGCUACAACCAUUGCUUGGAAGAGUAUUUGAGACAAGAGAGAAAGAAAGCCUGUACACCUAUAAUAUCGGAAUAUGUGUGAAUGUUGAUCCACAAAAAAAGUUUGGUGAAAAUGUUGGAGUAGUACAAAUUGCAGAUAAAGCUCCUAGACAUUGGGUCAUUGGCUAUUACAAUAACUCCCAGCUUAUAGAAGGAACUGACUGGUUAAUAUUAGAAUAUUUGGAUGGACAGAAAUAUGGUUCCCAUUGUGGGCAAGAACCAAGGAAAGCCAGGAUAAUGAUCAAAUGUGAUAGAAAUGUCAAAUCUGGAGAAGAAACAGUUAAAAUCAUUAGACAAGAGACUGACAAAACACAGGAUUGUUACUACUUGUUUGAGAUAUCCUCACCUGACAUUUGUUUUAAAGGACCAUAUUACAAUGUGCUCUCUGGUUCACAAAGUAUGCACAUACCACAAUGUUUAAUGUUCGUCAUACCUGUUUUCGUUUAUUUUUUACAUAUAAUACCUUAAUAUUUCCAACACACUGGGAAAUCUAGUGACACAUUAUCACCCCUCCCCCGUUAACGCUGAAAACUAUAUAUUCAAUGUUUGUCCAUCAGUUUUCAUGUUUACCUUGAUACCAUGAUGAUAUCUUCAUUUUUUUUUUAUCUCGUAUAUUAUCUUAUUGAUACCACCAUCUUUUGAUUUCUAUGAGUCAUUCGUCACAACUCGGUAUUUUCCGUACCUUCAUCUAAGAUCGGAGGAAAGUAACGGAUUCACCCGAAGAUUGACGAUUGUUUAAUUAAUCUUAAGUACAAGGGGUGAAUGAUAUUUUGAUAAUCACAUUAAUUUAAAACUAUAUGACACACAUUUAUAUAGAUAUUUCUACCUCUCUUGUUUUAUAUUGUUUUUAGAAAACUUAUUAUUUUAUCAUUUUCUAUAUUGAUGAUGUAAAAAAUAUUUUUAUCAUUUCAUAUUAUAAUUGGUGUUUCUAUAUAUUUUUUAUUCAUAUAAAGAUUUUCUUCAGAAUACUUAUCUUAAAUUACACUCUAUCAUAGUUGGUGCUUCUAUUCAAAUAAUCAAAUUUUUAAUGAAACGCGUCUUCUGAUUGGCUGGCUGACGUUUUUAUGUGUAUCAGCUAAUAGGCAUAAUUUUGUCAUGUGACCGUGACGUCAUCAAAGUUUUUUCAUGGUUUACUCCGGUUUGAAAUGGAAUUAAUUAUAAAAAAUGACUGUGAUAUUUUUUCUGUCAAUUCGAAAUAAUAUAAAAAAUGUGGUGCACUUUUUUAAAUAAGUCGCUCACAGUCGGGUAUAUUUUUUUUGUAUAAAAUUGUAGUGCUGUAAAAUAAUGUUUAUAUGUUAAACUUUUUCAAAUGUUAUAGGCAUUUUGUUGUUGUUACUUUUUUGCUUUAAUUAUCCCUAGAAUGUAUCAGUUGUUUACUAAUAAAAAAUUAUCAUUCCUCACUUACUCGACAAGCUUGAUUACACAUUUUAGACACCUCAGAGUAAGCAUCUUACGAAGCUUUUAUUUACUUAUAGCAAUUUGUUCAUGGCUGGGACUAUUAUACUAACAGUAAGCAUAAUAAUCCAAGUUCAUGAUAAGAAAGAAAAUAUUUUUAGUUGUUUGUUAAUUUUCCAUUUUACAUGUUUCACACAUUUUUUUAAUUACUUUUGGUGUUUCUUUUUAUUCAAUGAAAGAUAGUUAAAAAAAAACCCAAAAAAAAACACAUUAGAGAUGAACAAAUGUUAUAAUUAUUGCAUUGUUUUUAUAUUGUCUUCAUCACUUUAUCAGAAAAGUUUGUUGUGGUUAAAAGUUCCAUCCAUUUUUUUAGAAAAUAUUUUUCAUUUUUUUUUGUAUACAUAUACACUUUGCGAUAACAUAUAUAUAUUUUUUGAAAACAUGUUCCCGUUUCUAAUAUAUUAUAUAUAAUUUUUGCUAUACAUAUAUAUCUAUUUUGCUGACAUUCUUUCCUGAUGAAAUUAUUUGGAAUAACUGAUUGUAUUAUAUGCUCCUAUUAGAACACUUCGGUCUGAAAAUGAAGGACGCAUAACGAAACCAAGAGAUGCCCGCACUAAAAUAUACGGUGAAAGACGAUUCGACCGAGCAGGAGAUACAUUGUGGAAUGACCUACCAAUUCAUUUACGGAAAGAACAAUCGCUUCCUCGAUUUAAAAAGGUUUAAAGACACAUAUGAUUAGACUGGCGUACUGUGAUGUGUAAGACCUGUAAUAUCUAUUUAUCAUUCUAAAAGUUUAAGUGAUAGGGCCUUUUAUUUUUAUUUCUAUUAUUUUUUUAGUUUUAAAGAUUUUAUUUAAGAGACAGUUUUAUUUUUUUCUCUCUGUGUUUUACUGGUUAAAUUUUUACCUUAUAUUUUCUCUCAGCUAAGAAAAUAAAUCCUUAUUGCAUUUUUUUAUAUAGAUUUUACUUGUGUAUAUACCACAGGGAAUGUAAAUACUUAUAAUUUUCAUCAUUAUUCUAUUUAAUUUUUGGUUGACUGUUAUAUUCUUAUAUGUGUUUAUGAUACAUAUUUCCCCUUUCAAUACCUUUUUAAUUUACAUCUAUAUUCUAUGAAAUUUCUGUUUCAUUAUUACGUUCAUAUAUAUCUAUAUAUAUUUGCUAUUAUUGUACGCAUUGUGG